GGAGGGAGGGCAGAGGGAGGGGAAACGGCAGCGGGUCGCGGACGCCAUGAUUCAGUUUCUGCUCGGCUUUUCGCUCGGCAACCUGGUUGGGAUGUACCUGGCUCAGAACUACGACAUUCCCAACCUGGCCAAGAAGAUCGAAGACUUUAAAAAGGAUGUCGAUGCCAAAAAGAAGCCCCCCAGCGCCUGAUGCCCAACCCGGCGACCCCGUGCGACGCUCCGGUUCCGACCCGAGGAUGGCCCCGUCCUUUCGAGCCCAAAGUGCCAGCUCUCACCCGGGGUCUGUGGGGGUUCCCGCCGCCGCCGGCGCGCCCGGAUGCCCUCGGGCUAAAAUGCCGCCAUAACCAGGGGCACCAGCUAGACUCUCCCCGGCCCCUCCGUCUCCUCCCUUCCUUCCCCGCAACCCCAAGCUGUUUGGCAGAUUCGGAGACUGGAACUGUGGUGCUAGACUGGCAAACGAUCAUUUCAAUCAGUGUUCUCCACCUUCCCCUCCUCUUUCUUUUGGGGUCCUAGGACUUUGUAAACGGAAAAGUUCCUUUUUUUAUGGCUGAACAGAUGUGCAAUGCCGAUUCUGUGUAAUUACGUUUACCAUCCUGGAUGCUUGACAGAGUCUUUGAUGCCAAACCCUGUUCCUCCAAUCUAAUUAAAGCCCAGAGCCAGAAUCGA